AUGGGCACAACUUAUAAGUAUACAUAUGAGUAUGAAGUACAAGAUCCAACUAAACAUACUCGAACUACAGGUGGUAAUAAUCCAGGAAAUAGUACUCAACGAUCAGUAGCACCAACCACACAUCUCGGAGUAGGUCCUGCACAUACAAGUCGCUCAAAUCCGAAUGAUCCAUUAGCUAAUUUACAGCAUGAUCCUAUAUGGAAUAAACUUUAUGAUCCAUCUAAUAUGAAUCAAGCAGCACAUAAUGCUGAUAUUCAGAAAAUGGCUCGUCGUCAAGAUCGUAAAAUAAUUAAACUUGAAGCCGCUUAUGGAUCGGAUCGACAAACAUUUAUUGUUAAACGUGAUUAUGAAUUACAUGUACGUGAUGUAACUGAUGAAGCAGGAAAACAAUUUAAGAUACCCAGUGAUCAAGUUAUUCUCUUUUGGAAGAGUGUUGUCCUAGAAUCAAGAAACUUUUAA